AUGGUUGUUGAUUCUUAUGAUGGUGGGGACAAUAUCAGGAGAAGAGUGAAUCUGACUGGGCUGGCAAUGGACGUCACAGCAUUUGACAUGUAUGACUACGGCAGAGCAAGAAUUGCUGCCAACCUCCGGUGGCUGUUUACAAAAGCCUAUGGCAUUGACCAUAUUCCAGAGGACUUAACGAACCCGUUCUACACUGACCAGUACGACGAGGAACACAUAAAGCCGCCUGUCGUCCGCCUGCUGCUGUCCUGUGAGCUCUACUGCCGUGUCUGCUCCCUCAUCCUCGAGUUGGAGCAGGCAGCGGCUCUUCAGUCCCACGGGUCCGUCAUCCAGGCCCUGUCCAGAAAGAGGGUUUAUGUCGUGGACAGUGACGAUACGCCCGUCACAGAUGGAGACCUGGCCUGUGUGCCCAUCAAAAUUAGUGCUCACAUGCCCAUGAUAGAUGCCCUGAUGAUGAGCUACACAUUGCAGUGCUUCUCUUCUCUCAGUGCUUCCAAGGACCGGCCUUCUGGCCUGGAGGACGCUUCCCCAUUCUCUCUCUGCAGACCACUGAGCCCCAACAUGUUGCAUUCAGACAGUGAUUCCGAUAUGGCCUCAGGUGUGAGUCUGUCUACAGACAGCCUGUCGUCCGAUGUCAUCAACCCAACACCCGAGCACCAGAGCUCUGUCCACCGGCCCUCACAGGGUGCAAUGCCCAGAGUCAACAGCCACAGCCUGCUGGCCAAAGUCAACAGUAAAGAUAACAACGAAACUCUCGUGGCGGUCGCAGAGAUUGACUCCCCCGCCGUCCCCAAACAGACUGACAGGACACAGGCGACUGCCACCAUGGCACCCCCCUGUCUCAGCGCUCAAUCCAAGGCCAGCAGCAAGGUCAGUGUCUGCAUGACCUCCUUUGCAGAUCGCAAAACCCAGCAGCGCUUUGGCAGCUCCACGAGGACCAAACCAGAUGGAUCAGAGAGCAGCGAGCCCUCCUGGAGGCUCACAAGAGACCAGAGACCCUCCUCACCCAGGGGAGGGAACUCUGGCACAGGCGACGGUAGCGGUGGUGUCCCGGCUUCUGAACAUGUCCAUCUACAAAUGCAGCUGCAGGAGAAGCGACGUGACAUUGAACACCAGAGGGAGGAAAGGAAACUGCUGUCGGCGAGGCGGAGGCAGAAUCUGGGAAAUGAAGCUCUCCUGCACAUCGUGAAGAAAGGUGGAGGCAGGAGAGACACUUUACCCAACCCGCUUAAGGCCGACAUCGCAGAAGAAGAGCUCAAUGGCAGAAAAGGACCAUCAAAUAAAGAUGACUUAUGUGUAGAGGUCCUGAGGGGGGACAAAGAGGUGGUGGGAACCCCCCCGCCUGGUGCCUUAGAGGCAGAUAAGAACGAAGCCAUCGGCAGACUCCAGCAGCAGAUGAUGCAGAUGUCGCUGCAGCAGGAGAUGCUGAUGAAACAGAAUGUACAGUCGCCCCCUGCUGGUGCAGCUCUGCCUCCUCCUCGCCCAAGUGACAAAAUCAGUGACUCUAAGUCGGGGGCCAGCUUCCGUCAUGUGGAGCACAUCUCAGGCAGCACCACCACCCACACCAGGAAAACCCCCAAGCUUGGGUCAGACGGGAGCUCCAGGUCCAAACCAUCAGAGCUUAAAAUACCCAAGGAGCAAACCCGGCCGGCGUCCAGGAUCCUCACCCCCACCCAGAGUGGGUCACAGACAUUACCACAUCAGAGGCUUUCAGCUGGGGCCAGGUCCCCGAGGGCCGAGCAGCCCGGCAGCACCAGAAACCCCACAGCUGGAGAGACAAUCGACAGGCUGGGCUUGAGCACCAAUUUCAGGCUUCCUGACGAGGCUAACGUGCGUCUGCUCGCCCCAGAGGACGUGACGGCAGUGACGGCCUCAGAAGUGACCUUAGACGACACAGGAGGAGGAAACGGAGAGCAGAAGACAGCCGUGGGCAUCUUCUCCAAGCUCAUGUCUUUUAUCACAAUUGACGAGCAGAAGGCCGUGGAAGAGCUCGAGAGGAAAAGAGCAGCGUUCUUGCUGAGGCAGCGGAAAAAGGCAGAGAAGGCUCAACUCCGUAAACAGCAGCUCGAAGCCGAAUCUGAGCUGAGACGAGAGGAAGCAAGACGAAAGGCGGAGGAGGGUCGCCUGCGUGAAGAAGAGGAGAAGAUCUCCAUUGGCCAUUUCUCCACUUGCUCUUCUCCACCCGACAAUCUGAGCUCUGGCCAAUCAGGAUCCAGUCUGUCUCUGACCUCGACCGCGACCAGCGAGGCCGACAGCGCCGUCUCCGAGGGAGCUGGCUCUCAGCGCAGUGGCUCUGGAAAGCGGUUUCCAGGACGUGGUCACAACAGUCGAACUGCAGACUUCACAGCUGAAUACACUGGUCCCAAACUGUUCAAGGAGCUCAGUGCCAAGUCCAACAAGCAGCUCAUCCACAACGCCAUCUCUCACUGCUGCCUGGCCGGCAAAGUCAACGAGCAACGGAGGAGCCAGAUCCUCGAGGAGUUGGAGAAGUGCGAGUCCAACCACCUGAUGAUCCUGUUCCGUGACGGCAGCUGUAAGUUCAGGGCGCUCUACACGUGCCACCCGGGCACCGAGGAGAUCAAGAAGCUGACAGCCGCUGGACCCAAGAGCAUCAGCAGGAAGAUGAUUGACAAGCUGUACAAGUACAGCUCCGAGCGGAAGCAGUUCAACCUCAUUCGUGCCAAGACUGUGUCGGUGAGCGUGGACGCCCUGACCAUCCACAACCACCUGUGGCAGGCCAAGAGAAGACUGUAG